GGGAACGUGAAAGACUACCAGCUGUGGGUCAUCUCCAAGAGGGACAACACCCCCUAUCCUCUGAUCGGUCACGAGUUCCCCUUCAGCAUCCAGAUGAGUCAUGUGAGACACACGAUGUCUCAGGGCGGCGGCAGGGACGCGGACCGCCAGAGGGCCAUGCAGGCGGAGCAGAUGCAGGUGUACAAGCAGUGUCAGUUCAUCAUGAAGCCGCGACCCGCUGAGACGCUGCAUGUGUCUGCAGAGUGGUGUCAGAAGUCAUUUAAAAGGAGGCGUUCCCUCAUCACCUGGGCCUUCUGGCGAGGCUCCGCCUCUCACCUGAAUGAACUGUCCCUUGCUGGGACACCCAGCGGCUGCCUGUUCGGACAGCCGCUCCGCUCUGUGUGCGUCGAGGACGCUCUGCCAAAGCCAGUGAUGGACAUGAUGGCGUUCCUGCACCACGAGGGUUCAUGGACGCGAGGGAUCUUCAGGCGGCCGGCGGGGGCUCGGGCAGUCAGGGAGCUGCGCGACUCUCUGGACAGCGGAGAGUUUCAACUUCCUCUGACAAGAGACCACAUCUUUGUCAUCGCUGGAGUCUUUAAG